AUGCAGACGCUCCUACAGUACAGGCAAGAAAGGAGAUAUGCAAGCCUUGUCCAUGAAAAAAGCAUCUUGUCAAAACGAGACUUUGAUGGACCGGUUCCAUCUCCUAGUAGCGGCGAAAAGUACGACAGUAACUCGGAACUGGACCUGACUGGACGUGAGUAUUCCUCAGCACAACUCGUCGAUGUUGAACAGCAACGAUCAACGCCGCCGCCACCUCGUGAUUCACACGGCGCCAUCAUCAAGCCUAUUCACGACCAUAGCGAAGACAAGAUCACUGUACAAUGCGACGAUGAUGGCAAAGACCAAGCUGACGCACACAACUGGUCUCGGACGAAACGAUCAUGGACGACUUUGCUAUUAUUCCUGCUGGUCUUCUCACAAGGAUGGGUUUCUGCCUGCGACUCGAAUGUUACGAAGCCUUCCAGCAAGGAGUUUCAUGUCAGUCAGACAGCCGAAACUUUGGCGACUGCUUUAUUUCUCCUGGGCAUCUCGGUUGGAAGCCUAAUCGUUGGCCCCUUGUCUGAAGAGCUCGGUCGCAACCCCGUCUAUCUUGUUCCAUCCUUCUUGUAUCUGUGCUUCACACUUGGAGAUGCUCUGGCACCGAACUUUGGGGCUCAGAUUACCUUGCGCUUCCUAGCUGGAAUAUGCUCGAGUGCAGCACUGUCCAUCUAUGGUGGAAGUCUGGCGGAUCUCUACGAUCCUGGAGAAAGAAACAGGAUCUGGCCUGUGUUUGCUCUCAGUCCUCUCCUGUCGCCAAUCCUCUCUCCUGUUGCUGGUGGCUGGAUUACGGGACACAUCUCCUGGCGUUGGGUCUAUUGGAUCGGCCUUAUCCUGAGCGGAGUCGUCUUUNUGCUUGCCUUGUUCUUCCUGCCCGAGACGUCAUCUCCCAUGAUCAUCCAAUGGAGGGCGCAUCAUCUUAGAGUCAUCACAAGUUCCGACAAAUACACCUGCGAUCUAGAAGGGAAAGACUCGCUUGGGAAAAGGCUUGCUCAGAACGUAACGCGGCCUGCAAAAUUCUUCACCACCGAGCCAAUCAUCAUCGCUCUGGGAUUCUACUUAAUUGUCAUCUACGUCGUCAUAUUCACCUUCCUCAAUGGUUUUGAGUUUAUCUUUACCGACACAUGGAGCCUUUCCGACGGAGACACUGCUUUUGCUUUCCUCGGGAUUUGUCUUGGAGCUUUGAUUUCAGUUGCUCUCAUGCCACUGAUCACCGUCAUCCAUCGCAAGUUCAGCAGAGGCGGUGACGAGACACCGGAGACGCUCCUGUGGCCAGCUAUGGUGGCUUCGCCCUUCUUCGCAAUUUCCAUAUUCUGGCUAGCCUGGACAAGCUACAAGAGUGUAAGCUACUGGUCUUCUUACGCUUCGACAGUGCUCUUUGGAUACUCCAUGACGGCAAUCUUCGUCAGUAGCUACAGCUACAUUAUCAACAUUUACGGUACUUGGAGCUCAAGCGCUCUGGGCAGCGUCACCAUGGCCAGAUAUCUCGUCGCUGCUGGGAUGGUUGUUGCGGCAAGACCGAUGUAUCAGGGCAUAGGACAUCACUGGGCAUUGACGUUCCUUGGCUGCUUGGGGAUUUUGUGUCUGCCAGUGCCUUGGCUGAUUUAUCGUUUUGGGAAAAAGUUAAGAGAUAAGUCGGAGUUCAUCAACGAUUGA